AUGCCCAUAUACUCUGGGGUUUCGGGUGGAGUGGCUGCGUACAAUCAGAAAGUACUUCAAUUUCCAUUCUUUUCUCCGAACAUUCCGAGUCAGCAGUCGCAACCCCACCCCUCUGAUCAGCCUGCAUUGGAACCUUUCACCACUCCUUUGCCAAGUGACAUGAGUAACCCUCUGAAUUUCUUCUCGCUCAUGCCUCCUUCGCCUUUCAUGAUGAACUUUGGUUUACAAAACCCGGCGAUUGCAGGGCCUCUCCUAAGUAGCUUUCCACCCUUUCCCUUUGACUCCAUAACUUUUGCAGCAGCCGGUUCUGCUGAUGGGAGGAACAACCUAAACAUGCCCGAGCAUGUAGCUACCGAAACACCAGCAACGAAGAUUGAAUGUUCGCCGCCCCCUAAACCUCCCUCUCCUGUCAAAACAUACCUUGAGCGGUCGUCCCUACCGCCAAAAGUGGCCGCUUCUCCACAGCCACUGCUCGUUAUCUUGGACCUGAACGGCACGCUGAUCCACCGCAAGCAUCGGCGGUUCCCCCCUGUGUUUGCCAGGAGGGUAGGACUGGACAAUUUUCUGGAGAGCUUGGUGGCAAAGCACAAGGUUAUGAUCUGGUCUAGCUCCCAGCCGAACACGGUGAAAGCGGUUUGCGACAAGCUCUUCCCAGGGAGGAAAAGGAAGGCUCUUGUUGCAGAAUGGGGCCGCGAUAAGUUUGGUCUUUCGUCCUCCCAAUACCGGGCCAAAAUACAGGUCUACAAAACACUAGAGACGGUAUGGAAUAAUAAAGAGAUCCAAGCCUCAUAUCCAUCGCCGCCCCAGCAAAAACGCCGCAAAGCCGCGCAGACGGGCGCGCAGAUGAAAACCCGUUGGGACCAGUCUAACACCAUCUUGAUCGAUGACAGUAAACUUAAGGCUCUGAGUGAACCAUACAACAUCCUCGAGAUCCCGGAGUUUAUCAAUCAGCCCGGUAUCGAUGAGUCAAAAAUAUUUCCAAAGGUUAUGCAGCUCCUCGAGGAACUAGCAAAACAUGACGAUGUCAGCAAAGUUCUCCACUACUGGAACUCAGAGUUACCCGAAAACAAAGGCAUUCUUGAGCUUGACCUCGGCCUCAGCCCCAAUGACAACGACCAGAAUACUAGCAAUACUGCCACCAAUGAUGACCAUCCAUUCCCGAACUCUUCAGCUUCCACACCUCACCAACUCGAUAUCCCAACCGAGCCCUCAGCCAUCACGCAAGCCCGUAAAGAACGACGCAAAAAACGCAAGGAGCAGCGCAAGGCCCGCAAACAGGAACAAAGUUUACAGAUAACAAAGGAAACGAAAGCCCACAACCAAAGACCAAAUGCCGCGCGCCAAGCAGACAAAGCUGCAACUGCAACAAACACUGCUUCCACCACGACGGCAACGACCCCCGGUAUCUCUCCCGCUGAAUCUGCAAAUGUCGUCGGACAACCUCCAAUGGAACGGUCACCAUCACCCGCAACUUCGUUGUCAUCGGAUCCGUCCGAGAAUUUUCUCCUGGAUCGGUUAGAGGAGUCUUUGAAUGUUAGAAUUGAUUGA